CCUCUCCCCACCACCCGGAUUCCUCUAUAAUCCCGCGGCCGCCGACCCCCACCGGCGACCUCACCUCUCCCUCCAUGGAUGGAUGGGCCAACAGCUCCACCCACCCACCCAUGGAUGGGGCGACACCUCCGCCCACCCAUGGAUGGGAUGGAUGGGGCGACCACGCCCAAAACCCUAGCCCCUCACCCACACAUGGAUGGGGAUGGGAUUGGGGCGACGACACCGCCGGAUCCGCACCCGCACCCACCUACAGCUCCAUGGACCCUCCCCGGUCGCAACGGGAUCCGCCCCCUUCUCUUCUCUCGGUGGGGUGCGGCACACCGGGAGCUUGCUGUGGUGGCCGUCGACGCCAGCAGCAUCUCCGACGGGCUGCACGACCUCGUCAUAGCCCAAGAUCCAACCUCUUCUGCCUUCGACCAACCAUGGCUAUGGCAACCAGAAGGCUACGUACGACGUGCUGGACGAGGAGGUGGACAACCUUGACGCCGCAGCACAAGACGACCAUGUCCAUGUCGCCGCCGGAGGAUGCCUGCCGGGACGGCCAGUUCCAGGUCAUGCCGAGGGCCCAGGCGCUGCUGGACGCGGUGUCGCUACCGCCGCAGCCGAUGGGGGAGAGGGGCAUCCCUGAAGCUCUGAAGUUCUCCAUGGCUCAUGACUGAACUUAUCCAUUUGAUAUGGAAAAUUGAACAUCAUAAGUCAGAUUGCCAUGGGUUCAUAAGUCAGACCUACUUCUGUCUUUAUGGAUCUUGGAAAUAUGAUUGAUGGUGCAUUUGGGUUCAGGUAAAGGAGGGAACAGUUCUGAGCACUCUGCAGGUGAUCCAGAGGUUGAUCCCAGUUCUAUUUCGUAUUUGGUCGCUAGUCUGAUGGAUUGCUACUGCUGCUAGUUGGUGGUUAUGACAGGGACAGAGACGGCCACCGAGCGAGCGUGGGAGGGCCCAUGGCGCUCUCCUGCAUGAGCUGCCCGCCCGUUGCCAGCGGCCCCUCCGUGCGCCGGCACGCGGCGAGUCCGCCCUGGUCGUCUGUCGCCUUUUCCUUUGCCAGAUGCAUUGGGACAUUGGCGGCCACCGCCUAAGGUUGGCGCAUUGACGCCGUCGCCGGGAACGGAGGUGGGUGCUCUCUUCUCGACUUACUCUGUUCCGCCGGGGUGUUGAUUCUCUCCACGCUCUUGGCUUCUCCUCCUAGGUGAGGCGGUGGGUUGGGAGUUGUGCGCGUACAUGUCGUCUUGGAUGAUGAAGUUGCCUGAACUGAACGUAGUCACCCCUAGAGCCCAGAUUCCUCGACUGAAUUGGCCUAUUGACGUUUGUGCCUCUAAGCUUCCUCCUAGAGAUGUGCCGCCUUCUGUUCCUGCAUUACCACCACCAUUCUUUCUGCAAUAGUAUCUGAAUCCUGCCACUCUGCUGCACCGUUACCAACCUUACUUACUGUCUAAAACAAA